AUGACCGACGACUCCUACUCCUACACCGGUUCCUACACCGGUGAGUACUCGUACACGUACAGCUAUUCCGACGGCACCGGCUCCUAUACUGGCAGCGCCGCUGAGAAGUCGCUGCACCCCGAGCUGGCAGGUGCGCCCAGAGCGAACGUCAUACAAGACAAGAAGGCGCCUUCUCCAUCCAAGCCAGGUGGUGCGAAGAACGCAGACUCGGCAGAUAGCUACAGCUACAGCUACAGCUACAGCGACGCCCCUUCGUCGCAUGCGAAGGCAGCACCAGCCAUGGGCAAUCGCGAGAAAAGCGUGAAAUGGCAGACGAAUGCAAACGAGGGGGAUGACAGAUCCUACAGCUACUCCUAUACAGAUGAUGACAACGAGGGCUCUUACAGCUACAGCUAUUCCGACAGCCAAACCGGGACCGCUACACCACCCAUGCUGAGAACGCCCAAGGUGGUGGUGGUAGGAGCGGGGCAACAAUCCACCAAACCAGCGGCAAAGCGUGCCAAUCGGAUCGCAGCAGCCACCCCGCCGGCGGUGACGUCGACUGCCGUCGCCGUCACCAACGCGGCAUCCGCAGAGACGUACUCCUACUCCUACUCGGACGACGACGACAACACCUACAGCUACAGCUACAACAGCUAUUCCGACAGCUACUACUACUCUGACGACUCCUACUACUACUCGAACAGUUCCUCCUACGCCAGCGACUCGUACUACUACUCGGACGGCUCCUACUACUACGACGGCUCCUCCUAUUACUCCGAUGACUCGUACUACUACAGCGAUACCUACUCUUAUACCGGAGACAGCAGCUAUUACUACUCGUAUUCCUCCUCCACUGCGUCCGGGGAGCGGAGAGGGAGACGUGGCAAGCCAGUAGCUCACAUGGCAUCGGGCUCCUCGGACUACUACUACAGCUCCAGCUAUAGCGGCGAGUACACGGACAACUCCGACUCCUAUUACUACGGCUCGUCGUACACCGGCGAAGACAGCUACUACGAUUACUCCUACUCGUCCUACAGUUACUCCUCAUACGCGUACAGCGCAACGGGCGAGUCUUCCCCAUCUACGACAUUGUACGCCUACGGCAGCUUCGCCGAGUUUUUACUGUCGGAAUGUGCAGGAGCGGGGAAGCGGGAACUUGUGGUUCUGCGUGCACCAGCAAAGGAUGUGCCGCAUCCACCGGAGGCGCCGAAGUGCUGCUUUGUUGUGUUCAAGUCUACAGAGGAUGUGGUGUGGCGAUUCCUCCAGCGGCUGAUGGCGCUGCAGCGACUCUACGAAGCGUGGAGAGAAGUGGUCGGUAGCCGCGCGGCUGCAGCCGGCACAGCAGAAGUGGAGCGGGAAGAAACGAGCACGCCAUUCACUCCGACCAAGGAGGGCUGCUUCAGUGAACGCUCCAUGCGCAUCGCAUUUCGCGUGCUGCGACUCAACCACCUCGAGCGUCAAGAGGCUCUGAGGAACGCGCCGGUACCACUACCCAUGGAGGCGAUGGAAGACAUCUUCAACACUUGCGUGGUGGCGCGAGCGAAGGAGCGGGUGGCGCAAGCUUUUCUGGCACACGAUACGUACCGCAGCGGAGAGAUGUCGCUGACGCAGCUGAGUGCGCUGCUGCAGCGACUCGGCCUUGGCACGAGUCCGAUCAUCGAGGGCCAUCGCAUCAGCAUUGGUUUGUCCACAGAAGGCACCCUGGAGAUGAUAGUAAAGGUGGGGCGGGUGGUUCAAUCAAACGCCUCGGCGACAUCGGCGUCCGCUAAGCCACAGCAACCGAUACAGUGGGAGGUGACCCCUGUCUACGUCCUACGAAUCAUUCGGCAGAGCGCUGCUGACAAAGAAUCGGCGUCGGUACACUGGAGGAACAAGACAAUCUAUAUGGGACGCCACCUCGUUCUGCGCGGUGUCGCGACGAAAGCCCUCUUCCAGCGACUCAAGACGUAUAUCGAGGCCGCAGCGUACUUGUGCGUGCUCGCCAAGGUCUUCUCGAUCGAGGACACUGAGAGGGGCACACCACUGGUGCAGUACCCACAGUUUAUCCGAGGUGUGCUGCUGGCAAACCCUCCCGCAGAUAUUCUCGGCGACGCGGCGGCGCCGCCACGGAAGCUACUCUACAUAGAAAACCUCUUCCGUGUCGUAUUCCACCCGCUAGAGAUGCUGCAGGGCUACAUGGAUGGCAGCCCCGUGCCCCGCUAUAACCGCCACUGGGCCGUGGAGUCGACCCUCUACUCGACAAACGACACAGAGGAGAAGCGCCGCCGAAAUGUGGUGCCCGGCAUCGGUCUUGACAUGCACGUCCUACCUACCCCGUCGGUCCGCCCUACUGAUGAGGUGCGGCUGUCGUUUGCGGUCGAGAAGGUUCGUGUCCCGGCACGGCCGCCGCGGUACGCUAGGUGCUUCUGCCUUGUAAGCGUGGUUACCCCUGCCAAAGUGUUUCUGCCAGCCAUCGAGGUGCCGGUGCGUCACAUUGUUCCGUCUGCUGCGAAGGACGGCUACUACACCUGGAGGUUUCACGACAAGAAGCACAAGAGGCAAGAGGUGGUCCUUCAGUUUGCAGGGUCGGCGGUGGAUAGCAUCUAUGUGGAGUGCUGCUACGAGACAUACGAUGCAUGUCCGCCGGAAAGCCCCGAGGAGGCGGCGGCAAACGCAGAGGUGGCCGCGACUUCAAGGGCAACGUCGAACACCACCACUGUGUGGUGUGCGGGCUAUGCGGUGUUUGCCGUGUAUGGGGCCAUGACGGCGGUACUGCCAAUAAAGGCAGGGAGUCUGUUGCAUGGGCAGCCGCGUGAUUCAACGUUUGUGAGUGACGCCCCUGCUUGGACUGCAGCAGCCAUGAGGCUGACGACGGAAUCAGGCUGCUGCACGUGCAACCUCGACCGAUACAGCCAGUACAGGAAUGCAACUGAGAAUGCGCAUCAGAUCAAGGUGAAGGUGCUCACGCCCAAGACGACUAUUCCCGGGGCAUAUCGAAUGCCAGUGCGAUACAUCGCCUACCGACGGCAUGUGCCGAUGAUCUCGCAGCUGCGCACCGCUGUGGAGCUGAUGGGCAGAGAGACCUCGCACGUCCGGCAAACCUUUCGCCAGCAGGCGGUCCGGUACAUCUUCUCCGUUGUCUCUGACCCCGAGCUUCUCGAUCAGCUGUGCGCUCUCUGGAAGUACCGGGUGCGGCACUGGACCAAAGCAGAACGCAACAAUGAGGGACACAAACACCGCACCCUUCUCGCUUGCGUCGCCGCCCUCUACGGACUCAAGAACUCGUGUGCGGGCAGUAAAGAGGUCUUUGCCAAGUCCCUCGUGAAGGGGAAGCCGCUGUACAUGAUCAUCGACUCUGCUGCGCCGAUGGUUCCAGUUCGAGUCUAA